AUGCAACGCAUAUGUUUUUGCAAGACAGUAUCUUUAUUUAACCAUGUCCUACAACCAAGUCAGGCACUAGCUCUAUUUUAUCAAACAUUGAUCUUUUCAUUGCAAAAUCUCGCAUUGAUGAAAUGGAUCAGUUGGAAUAUCGGUAUACCGAUUGGUUUACAAUUGUUAAUGAUUGAUUUGAACGGGAAUGUAACGGUCGACGAUGAAUUACUCUAUAAGCAUUUGUCGAAUAGUAAACACCAUUUUGAACAACGUACAAACACAACAUCGAUCUUGAAAUGGACCAGUCGAAUUAUUCUUCGUCUGACAACGGAUUACUCCAUAUCGUCGAAGAUCGAACGUUCAUCUGAAUUUGAAGACUUUUAUGAUUUUCUCAAACAAUUUCAUACUUUAUCAGCUGAUGAUCGCUCGACACUAUCAGAUGACGAUGAAGGUAUUAUCAGUGAUGAUCUGGACGAAAAAGAUAUCACUCGACGAGCAAUUCAUCGAGCCUUACUUAAAUGUAUCGAUUACACAACGACAAAGUCAUCGAAUGCUUUACAAACAACUCAUCAUACCACUGAAAUGCAAAACUUCGAAACCAAUCCGAUUGCUUUAUAUAAUCAACAGAUUAUUCAGAUACUUUGUAGUGAUACUCUCGAAUUAGAAAUCGAACUCGCACAACAUUCGCAAUAUACAGCGUUGGAAAUUGUACCCCAACCAUCAACAAAUGAUAAAACAUUGACUAGUUAUUAUUCUGUUUGGGCCGCACUUUGGAAAAAUGUGACAUCAGAAUAUUUACAAUUCAAUAACGAGAAAUGUUUGCGAAAAGUGACGAUUGAUCUAGACAAAAAUGUUUUCCAAUCUAACCUCAUCAGAGACAAUGAUCGAAUGUUGGAUGAAAUAACCAAACGCCAGCAGAAUUUAAAAAAGACAACUAUGCAGACCAAUAAACCGAUCGAAAAUGAAUAUUGUCUACAUGAUCGUUUGAUGUCUGAAAUCAAGCAAGACAGAAAAUUGAAGUCAAUCGAGAAAAUUACAGCAAGUGAUUGUCAUCGCAAACGUAUUCAACCGGUGAAGAAUUCCAAUGAAAGUGAUUCAGGUUCCGAUAAUGAUGAAUAUCGUGAUGAAUAUGGAAGGAAACGAGUUAUGGUCGUUGAUUGCCUUCUUGAAACAUCACCCGAAGAUAAUAUAAAAGAUGAAUCACCAAUCACAAAUCUAAAUGAAUCCUAUUCAUCAUCGAAGAUUUCCAUAAAGAGAAAAGCAUCAACUGAAAAAAUUAAUUAUUCAACAAUAGAGAAUUUUGAAUUAGAAUACAUCUCAAUGGAAAAACUCCUUCCGGAUGCAAUUACAAGAACGUAUUGUACAGGUAUCGUGUGCCUUUCUUGUGGCUUAGAUUUCCUUCUUUUAAAAGACAGUUCGGAUUCGCUCUCGUUGACCUACGACGAAUUUUGUCAUAUAAGAAAUGUUAUUACAAGAUCGGAAUUGGAAACAUUAUUGUUCGAUGAGAAGUUAUACAAUGAAGUUGCUCAGAGCAAACUGUGUUUUACAUGUCGAAAGGUUUAUUUCAAUCUGUUGACUUUCACAUUCGGUAUUCAAUGUAGUGUAUGUAAACAGAAGAUUUGUCGCAAUUGUGUCACACAAAUUACUUUACCAAAAGAACGAUUGAAUGACCUUCCCAUUCAAGCAAUUACUCCAUUAACAUUAUCAAAAUCUUUAUCGAAUUCCGAACGAUGUCAUUCACUUGAUAGGCAAUCGCCGCAAACGCCGACAAUGAAUGACGUUCUACAUGAUCUAAAUCCAGAUGAUGCUGGUUCACGUCGAUGUUCGACUCCAGGCAAUAGCAUUGCUCAAGUCAAUUCAAGCCCAUGGCGUACAGAUCCGAUUGACAUAUGUACAGAUUGUUUUUUUCUUCUUCAACAAAUCCGAAAGAAGUCUCGUCAACGGCAUAUUUCGCCAGCUGUAGCAUCGAGCUUAGCUUCGUCAACAUCAUCAUCCUUCAAUCGAUCGCACCAUUCGUUUUCGAAUUAUAAUCUCUCAGCAUCGUCAUCGACAUCUUCCAUCGCUGCUCUAUUAGCUGCUCAGCAUCAGCAACGCUCAUUAAUGGUCAAAACAACUUCCAUUCAUGGAAAUUUAAAACAAACGAGAUCUUCCCAAGAGCUGAACGCAACUAACAAUCCAUUACAAACAUUACCAGUAACAACAAAUUCAACGGAAAGAGUCAGUCUGUCGCGACAAAAUCUUUUUCUCAAACUGCAACCAGCUUAUGAUAUCAAAACGACUAAUAUCAAAACCGGAUAA